UCAAGCCAUUGCAACGGGUUGUUUACGUUCGCUCCGUAAAAGAAUCGCGCCAGUAAUUUAAAAAUUAAACUUUAUCGUGCAAUCUAGCGCACACACACAGCAGAGAAAGCAGAUUUCACCGAAAAUGACCGAACAGGCGGCACGGCUACAAACACACAACCAGGAGAUGGUAAAGUGCCUCAACCAGCUUCGCAGCCAGCAAACGGCACUGGAGGAAAAGAUCGCCGCACAGGAAAAGAAGAAGGACUCGCUGAGCAAGGAGAUGGAGAAGCUGCAGCGCACACUGGAGCAGCUGGAAACGUCCAUCGCGGAGGAUACGAAGGCGCUGAACGAUUGUUCGAAACGGCUCACGGAAACGGAGAAUGGCUAUGCGAAGGUGGUGGACACGCUGCAGCUGCUGCUAAUGUCCGCCAAGGAGAAGGUCAACACCACUACCCCAACUUCCCGGAGCGUCUACAACGAGAGCAGCAAACACUCGAGCUAGGAACACAAAUACACCAAAAACAAUGCAAACAGCGCUGUUUAAGUUUAAA